AAGAGUAUAGAGAAAGCCUAAAUGCAAUCUUUAUAAGAAGAGCAUAUUGGGCAAUGAGUAGUGUGCACAACAAGAUUUUCUUCAAUGAAGCAAGCAAAGCACAUACAGUACCAGACAGUAAAGAUAGCAUUGUUGCAAUGCUUACGAAGCAAGACCCAAAUGAAGUAGCACUUCUGCAAGUAACAAGAGAAAUACUAGAAAAGGCAAAGAGAGAGCAACCUGAGAAAAAACUAGAUAGUGUAAUGCAGGGCCAAGAUAAAACAAGGAUAGAAAAAGAAAAGCAACAGCAAAUAACAAA